GUUGACACGGGGAUUUCACGCUUUAAUUUGUUGCUUCUCACUUUUGCACAUUGCCCCUAGAAAGUAAAAUUAGGGUGUCUUGGAAGAGUGCUGUGAUAAUUCCCUCCAUUCCUGUCCGGUCUCUCAUCCCUCGCAUUCCUCGUCAUGUUUUCCGCAAAGCCUUCGGGGUUGGCGAUUAAUACCAACUCCGCCAACUCCCUGUUUGGUGGGACCAAUACACAGACUCCUGCUUCGACAGCCGCAUCGGGAACCACAGGCGCACCAAGUCUCUUCGGAAACUCGAACACCCAGGCGAAACCAGCGGGCGGUCUUUUCGGGGGCGCCGGUAAUACACAGCAGCAGCCUCAGUCUACGGGGUCCAACAUGUUCUCCGGGCUGGGUGGGCAGCAGCAGAAGCCUGCCGGUGGAGGUCUAUUCGGAGGUUCGACGACCACAACCACCUCACAACCUCAGGCCGGAGGUCUCUUCGGGGGUACCGCAGGCGCAGGGAAUAAUACCGCGUCGACAGGGACGACGGGUGGUGGACUUUUUGGCGGCGGUAACACCGCGACCCAGACACAGUCCAAGCCACUGUUUGGCGGCCUCGGUGGAUCUACGACUACUGGCGGAGGACUCUUUGGAAAUACGCAGCAGCAACAGCCCCAGCAGCAACAGCAGCAGGCUCAAAAGCCCACCCUCUCUCUCUUCGGAAACCAGAACACCACCACACAACAGCCGACACAACAACAACCUGCCGCCGGACCGACCGUCGUCCCCGGAGUCAAGGUCGAUGUCACCAACCUGCUCCCCACCACCAAAUUCGAAAGUUGCGCCGAUGAGAUCCGGUCGGAGGUAGAAAAAUUCGACGAUAUUGUUUUGCUUCAAAUGCGGAUGUGCAAUGAAGUCUCCAACAUGCUCCCUUCCAUUGCGGAACAAGGGGAGUCGAUCCCCAACGACGUGGAUUUUGUCCAGAGCAAGCUGGAGACGAUGCAGCACGCGCUGGAGAACGACGCCAGCGACAUCGAUCAGCUGCGCAGUCUCGUCUCGCGAGACGCUGCGGAAGCCCAGGUCGCAUUCCGCGCCAUCGAUACCUUGAAACUGCCCCUGCAGUACCAAUCCUCCGGCGCCUCCGGGUGGUGGUCCGCGCAGGACCAGAAACUGGCCACGCAACAGUCUAUGCGGUCGACGCGGAAGAAUACCCUGGCGCUGCCCGACGACGUCGAGAGCGACCCCUCGACGGCGAACACCAUCAACGGGGUCCCCGUCAAUCUGGUGGAUUACUUCUCCCAGCGCACGGAUGAGAUGGGCUCGGUCCUGGACCGGUACACGCGGACUCUGAAGGAGAUCGAAAACCACCUGCACGGGGUGGAGUCGACCCUCGAACGACAGAUCCUCGAGUUCGUCUCAUCACGCAGCCGCGACGGCACGGCGGCUGGCACCCCGAAGUCUAUGCUGAACGAUCUGGCUGUGGUCCUGCAAGAUGUAGAGAUGGGCAUCCUGGGCGUUGCCUCCCGGUUGGGAGGGGUUUCGGAGCAGGUGCAGGAGGUUGUUCUAGGGCCCCCGAUCGGCGACAGUCGACUUCCGGCAUAGAUCGGGACAUAAAAGUACGGAGAAUUGGCAUGAUGGAAUGCCUGGUGUUUGUUACUGUACAUUUACCCUUAUGUCGUUUAGCAUGAUUGGGUCUGGCGUUUUG